AUGCAUUCCUUAUGCAUUCCUUCGAAGUGUCAGGCCUUGGAGGAGGAAAAACGUCACUAUGAGAACACCUUGUUGGAACUCGACCGUUGGAAGCAGCAGGAGAAGGAGAGAGACGAAGAACGACACCUGCGCGUGCUGAAGGAGAAGGAGGAUCGAGACGAACAGCUUCGAUACGAAAAACUGCUGAAGGACCAGGAGGAGCAGCGUCGCAAGGAUGAAGAAAUUCAACUCGUCGACAAGAGCCUUGACAGAUACGACGAAAGUCAACAAAUCACCACGAUUGUGACAGAAAUGGAGGCAGAUCAGAAACGUCACGAGAAGAAGAAAGAGCAGACCAGGAAAGCUAUGCGAAAGGUCUUCGAGCAGAACGCAGAGGAUCAACGCAAGCGUGACCAAGCUGCACGGGAAGCUAAAGACAAGGAGGCUGAAACCAUCAAGGAGUACAACCGGAUCUUGGACGAACAGGAGGAAGCCAAGGCCAAGGAGCUCCACGAACGCAGGGGACCCAGCGCUGCACACCUCGCAGCUGCCGCACCAGCGCAGCUCCAAGGCAUGGAGAGGCAAGCGCAGCUCAUGAAGAAGCUGCAGGACAACGUCAGCAGCAUCAAAGCCGAGUCCGGCGAUGCAGAUGCCACCCGAGCCCGAGCUCAACAAGAGGAGCAAGAUAGGCACUACUUUGAGGCUGAAGCCAUCAAACAGCAGAGGUUGAAGCAAAUGAAACUGGAGAAUCAGGCGUACCUGUUGAAACAGAUGCAGGAGAGGGACAGCCGAAAAGAUGACGACAAGUCGCGAGCCGAAAAAAGGGGGCAAUGUUUCCCAACUGGAGCUGGGAGCCAAUGA